AGAGAGCUGGGUGAACGGAGAGAGAGAGAGAGAGAGAGAGAGAGAGAAAGAGGGGCAGACAGAGAGAGAGAGAAAGAGGGGCAGACAGAGAGAGGGGCAAAGAAUAGAAAGAGCAUUGUGCUGCUGCUGAGAAAGAACCCAUGUCCGCACAAAGAGAGAUGAAAGAGAAGAACCCCUGGCACACGCCUGUGACCAUCAUCAUCACUGUGAUUGGUGUCAUAGCGAUUGUUGCCUUGGUGACGGUGGCAGUUUUGCAGAACAGGCCUCUCCCCCAAAAGUACAAGUAUGGGAUCGUGCUGGACGCCGGAUCCUCCCACACAGCUCUGUACAUCUACGAGUGGCCAGCGGAGAAAGACAACAACACUGGCAGGGUUGAACAGACGUAUUCCUGCAAAGUCAAAGGUCCGGGUAUCUCCAGCUAUGCCUCUGCUCCAUUGAAGGCAGGGGAGUCUCUGAGUGUUUGCAUGCAGGAGGCCAAGCAGCGAGUCCCCGGGAGAAGACACAGCCAGACCCCUCUUUAUCUGGGUGCUACUGCGGGGAUGAGAUUACUAAAUUCGGAGAACAGCUCGGCAUCAGACAAGGUCUUUCAGGCUGUGGAGGAAGCGCUGCAGAAGUUCCCCUUCUCCUUUCAGGGAGCAAGAAUCCUGAGUGGCCAGGAAGAGGGCGCUUUCGGCUGGGUCACGGUCAACUACUUGGACGACCGCCUAAAACAGGGCCUGGAAACCAAAGGCGCCCUCGACCUUGGCGGGGCCUCCACUCAGAUUAGCUUUGUAUCCGAUAAUUAUGACGGCUCGGAGUCGCCCGACAAUGCCGUCACCUUCCGACUCUACGGUAAUGACUACAACCUUUACACUCACAGCUUCCUGUGUUACGGGAAAGACCAAGCCCUACGGAUGACGCUGGCGCAACAGACUCAGUCAGGUCCCGGAACAAUAAAUGAUCCUUGUUUCCACCCCGGCUACACUGAGUCAAGGAACUACUCAGUCCUCUAUGACAGCCCCUGCGUGUCAGAUAGGAAACCCCAGGGACCUCCUGCCAACUUUACUCACAUAGGGACCGGAGACUUCCAACAAUGCCAAGAAGUCGUCAAACGCAUCUUCAACUCCACACACUGCAAAUACAGCCAAUGCUCCUUCAACGGGGUCUUUCAGCCACUUCUGCAGGGGCCAUUUGGGGCUUUCUCUGCUUACUACUUUGUGAUGAACUUCCUAAAUCUGACCGAUACAUCCAUCCCUCUGGAAGCUGUCAGGGAAAAGCUAGGACACUACUGCGCUACCCCUUGGAACCAGCUUAAGCAGCAGCAUCCAAAAGUGAAACUAAAGUACCUGUCUGAGUACUGUUUCUCCGGCACAUACAUCCUCACCCUGCUGACAGAAGUAUACAACUUCACCUCAGAGAACUACCCCAACAUAAAAUUCAUCAGGGAGAUAAAAGGCAGCGACGCCGGCUGGACGCUGGGCUACAUGUUGAAUCUGACCAACAUGAUUCCGGCCGAGGCUCCCGACUCACCACCUCUGCCCCACGCCGGCUACGUCUCCAUCGUCACCGUCAUCGCGAUACUGCUCCUCGUCCUCUUCAUCCUCAGCCUGCGCCCCCUCUGGCCCCGGUGCUCCAAGCGCCCGCAGAUCGUAUAAAAACAACACACGCGUACUGUAUGUACGAGUGAUGGCGAUGAAGGGAAUGUGUGUGUGCGAGGGGUUGUGUGAGUGUGUCUGCAAUUGCUAUUUUACCAAUUUGUGAGCAAGAUUGACAACUUUACACUUUCCAGCCUUUGCGUGGAGGUCAUAGGUCAACAACUGCUGCACAACAACAGUCCUGCAGCUAGUAUGGACUCAAGGACAUUUCAGAAGGACAAAUGUUUUCUCCCACUGGGGACUGAGCUCUGCUUCCCUGGGUGAAGGACAUUUGCUGUAUUUCUGUGUGAGUGCGUAUGUUCGUGUUUGAGCGUGUGCAUUUGAAUGCGUUUCUCGAAUGUGUGCACCCCACAUCAGUCUGCAUGUACAGCCCGUGUCUUCAAAUAUGAUGUGAAUAUGAUACUGUAUAAAUAAAGCAACCCAAGUUUAUAUAAAA